AUGUGGUUCUCAUCCUUCCCUCCUGUUGCUGCUGCUUCUGCCGCGACAGUGAAGAGGAGGAGACGUCGGACGCGACAGUGUCGCUCGCUGCUCAAACGGAUCACACGGUUUUCCUGAAGUCGUUCAUAUCUAAGUAGAAUAGAACAGUUUGUGGCUCAAACAAAGCUCUUUCUGGGCAACUUUAACGCGCUCCUGUUCACAGUUUAGAGGAUUUAUCUGGUGACAGACAGGUGCGCACUGUGCGCACAGAGGGAUGGGCAGACGCGAAGCAGACGGCAGAGGCGCAGUGAACACCAGCGACCGCUCCGAGGAGCUCGGUUGUCUCCAGAACGCCUCGUCUCACGGCCACCGAGCCCGGGAGGAGUCACUGUCCCGGAGGCAGCUGGACAGACAGAGGCAGCCGGAGAGAAUGGAGGCGACUGUCACAUCCGAGCCCGUGGAAGUGAAGAAGCACCAGCACAAACACAACUUGAAGCACCGCUAUGAGGUGAUGGAGACUCUGGGAAAAGGCACCUACGGCAAAGUGAAGAGGGCGCUGGAGAGGGCGAGUCUGAAGACGGUGGCAAUCAAGUCAAUUCGCAAGGAGCGUAUCACUGAUGACCUGGACAAAAUUCACAUCCAGAGAGAGAUCGAGAUCACCUCCUCGCUCAGACACGCAAACAUCAUACGCUUCCACGAGGUGUUCGAGAGCCGGGAUAAGAUUGUGAUCGUGAUGGAGUACGCCAGCCGAGGAGAGCUGUACGAUUACAUCCAGGAGAGGAGGAGACUGUCAGAGACAGAAGCCAGAGGCAUCUUCAGGCAAAUCACAUCUGCCGUCCACUACUGCCACAAGAAUGGCGUGGUGCACCGCGACCUCAAACUGGAGAACAUCCUGUUAGACCAAGACUUCAACGUAAAGCUGGCUGACUUUGGCCUCUCCAAUCAUUUCCAGCGGGGCUCUCUGUUGCAGACCUACUGUGGAAGUCCUCUCUAUGCGGCGCCAGAGAUAGUGAAAGGGCUGCCAUACCAGGGACCAGAGGUGGACUGCUGGGCUCUGGGUGUGUUGCUCUACGCUCUGGUGUACAGCAGCAUGCCGUUUGAUGGCGCCAGUCACGCCACACUCACUGAGCAGAUCAGCCAAGGUCGCUAUCACAGACCCAACCCCCCCUCAGACGCCUGCGCUCUUAUCGACUGGUUGUUGACGGUGCGCACGGACGAGAGAGCCACGAUAGAGGACGUAGCCAACCACUGGUGGGUGAACUGGGGUUAUGAAGAGAGUGUGUGUGACUGCCCUUCACCUCCGCACCAAGAGUGCCCCUCCCCCCUGCUGGCUCGCUACAUCGACUGGCAGAAUCGGGUCGCCACUGCCGGCAACAACAUGACGGCUGACGCGUCCUCGGCCCGGCGCUCUCACCACCACUUUUACUUUAGCCUACCUCUGAAGAGCGAUCGUGGUGCAGGGAGGACACGUGGAGGAGGGAUGUCGAGCCUCAGGAAGUCACGCAAGGAGAACGCAAUUCCCCAGACUGCACAGGGAGCAUGUGGUGGCGCUUGUCCCACAGCUGCCUCCUCUACUGUGGUCACUUCCACUUUUGAACGAAAGAAACCCAAAGGGAUUCUGAAACCCCAGUGGAGCAUUGACUCCGUGUUUCACAGUCCUCCGAAGGAAAACUCUCCCUCCCAGCUGUGUAAUUCUUCUCCACAGACUUGUCGAACACAUGCACUUGCCCACACUCGUGCUGAGGUGCUGUCCACCAGCCUGCCGUCCCCCACAACAUUCAGUCAGCCCUCAUCUAAAAUGCCCAAAAAGGGGAUACUAAAGAACAUGUAUGGAGGGGAGUCUGCCUCAGAAAGAAGGGGCUCUGGAGUAGGAGUUAAAGAGACCAUUGCAGGAGAUUCGUGCACCUACAAACAGCACAGUCGCCUCCCAGCAGUAGAAGAUAGUCCCACCAUGCGCACAGAGGCAGUAAGACGAAGGAAGGGCAUUCUGAAACGUAACGGCAAGUUUUCACGCAGCCUGGACCUUCCCGAUGACCUCCACCUGUCGUCUCCCACUGCAGCCCCUGCAAUGUUCCCUGAGGCUUUGCAGCAGCUCCUCCACACCACCGGGGGCAUCGAGGGCCGACGUAGCCGACCCUCCAGUGUGGUGAGUGAGGACAGCAUCUUCUCUUCCGAUUCCUUUGACCUGCUGGACCUCAGUGCCCAGUCACGACGCAGGAUUUUCUCUCGGGGGAAGCAGCGCAGCGCCGGCAGCUCGGAGGAGGAGCCUGAGCCGCUGACAGCCGAGGCGGACAGUGUCAAUGAAGACAGAGGCAGACGGAGAGGAGCGCUCACGUAACCCUACAAACAUCCACUUCUACUGAGGUGAUCAGUCUCUGCUGAAACACAGUGGGAAGGCUGAGGACACAAACUCUCUUGAGCAUUGUACUGAGCAUGUUUUUCUGUGAUCGGCCAGACACUGUGGAUCUGCAGAAAUGGCACCUGAAUGUGGCAGAAUUGACGGAAUCUAAAUGUGUGUUUACAUCGAAUUUGAGUAAAGCCUGUUCUGCAAACCUUAUUGCACAUGUCAAUUACUUUGGAUGACGCCAGUGACGCACAAUAUCAAAUGCAAUGCUAAGAUACAGAGUCGAAAUCUUUCAACUCGUCAAAAUUGCUUGAUGCGUUUUCACCAUAGACCAUAUCUUUAAAAAAAAAUGGACACAGUCUUCCAGUUUCCUACCUGGAACUAACACUAUAAUGAAUGGCCACCAGGGGGCGACUCUUGCUAAAAGAACUCUAUUUUAAUUGAAUUCUUUGGGGAAAAAUGACUUUUCACUUAGUUUAUUACAUUGCUAUUGCCACAUUGAUCCCAUUUGUGGGAAAUCGGCAAUAAAUGAUGGCACAGUUGAAACAGGAUGCGAGCAAAGUGUGUCGUGCAAACUAAAUGACCUAAGUCAAUCACUUUGAACAUCACAUUACGUUAAACGUGCAAAGUUGGAGUUUUUCAACUCUUGUCAUGAUUGCGUGAUGCGAUUUCACCAUAGAUCAUAUUUAAAUAUGUUGACAUAGUUUCCUCCCUGCCACCAGGGGGCGACUUUGCUGGUUGUUGAAAUAACUCUAUUUGAAGUUUUUGGGAACAUUAGCAUUCUCAACAUUUUAAACAUUUUCCUGAAAAGUGAAUGGUCUCAGUCGCCACUUCGGCUCUUCUUCAAUAGCACAUUUUAUGUAAAUGAUGUGCUG